AUGUAUGGGCAUUUCUCAUCUGAAUUUUACGCCACACCCGUCAUUCCCGGAAAUGCCGCCCGUCGCAAAUGGCAUCUUAAUAUGAUGGAACCUGUGAAAUAUGGCACGAGCAUACCUAAUCAGGUUGUCUGGGAUAUAGUAUCUCGAUGGCAUGGAAUGCGUCUACUCUUUGCUAUUUACCUAGAUAACGCUGCAAACGAGGCGUACGAGCGGUCGAUCUUUUCAUUCACGCCCGAUGUGAAUGAACCGGAUACAACAGAGGAAUCUGCGUUUGAAGAAGAUCUCCCGAAGCCAUCUUCACACACUGAGCCCCUUGAGAGCAGAAACAUGCUCAAUAACAGACAAGGUGGCUAUGAACGAUUCUACAAGGCUUUGACAGCGCAGUGGAUGUCAAUAGAGAAGCUCUGGAGGGUCAGAAGUCAGGUAUGGCCGAAUGCUCAAAAAUUUGAUGACGCAUUCGACGUUACCUUGCGACAUUGGAUCAACAAUCCGGAAAGGCCCAUGCAGGAGAAAAUAGAUAUCGUUGAGAUCGUCGACUUCACAUGGGGGUUUCUUGGGCGAAAGACCGUUCGUCUCUCCGAGGUCCCUUCUUGGCUGGAGGGUGAAGAUGAACAGGUCAGAGACCAAUAUCUCGACGAAGGCGAAAGUAUAGUCGGGAACUGGGGAUUCUUUAUACGAAGCAUUAUCCAAUUUUUGAGGCCUCCGCAAAUUGUACAACUGGUACUUUCCUACUGGCAUCCAUCAAGCUGGAACCUCGAUCGGUCUGGAUUUCUUCGACAUUUGGGCCUUUUCGAUACCUGGGAAGGUGUGCUUAUCAAUGCUCAUCCUUCGCCAAGGUCUGACACCUGGGUGCCUCUGGAUAUAGUGAAUUAUGACGUGGGAAAUUCUUUUGCGCACAUGGAAAACGGAAAGGAGGCCGAGAAAAACUGGCAAAAGUAUAGGCAAACUUUAUGGUCAAAGGAGAUAAAGGGUAAAUUGUUUCUUCAAGGUAUACCCGAGCGAGCCAUCUUGUGUAAAGUUACGGGCGGAGCUGCGUGUCCGCCGGAGUUUUGA